CACGAAAUCCCGCCCGCCCAUCGCACAAUCCUUCGACAGUCGCUCCUUUUCUGCCAUUAGAGCUCCCUGAAGCUCCGUUUGAGAUACCCGAAGCUCCAGACACUCGAACAUGUGAGCUUCACCAUGUUGCUCCCACCGCUUGCCCGCGCCACCAGCCGACCGGGCCUCCGAGCUCAUAGCUUGGGCCUGCGUCCAAACGCCAUAUACCACGCCACACGAGUCUUCACCUCUUCUCCGCUUCACAGAAAAGAUGUCCACGGUCAGCGGCCCACGCCAGCUUCCACGCCCGCCAAAGCAAAGGUGGUCGCAAAGGACCCGCUGCUGCAGGAGCAGCUGUUGACCAACAAAGAGCAGCGCAAGGCCGACUGGGCAAUCAUGAGAGAAAUGUCCCAGUAUCUGUGGCCCAAGGACAAUCUGGGCACACGCUUCAGGGUGGGCUUGAGUGUGGGGCUGCUGGUGGGCGCAAAGCUGCUCAAUGUCCAAGUGCCCUUCUACUUCAAGAGCAUUGUCGACUCCAUGAACAUAGACUUUGUUGCUGUGGGAGGAACAGCGACGACCGUGGCGGGUUCUAUGAUUGUAGCAUACGGCUUGACUCGUAUCGGCGCCACCGUUUCCCAGGAGCUCCGCAAUGCCGUCUUCGCGAGCGUCGCCCAGAAGGCUAUACGGAGAGUAGCGUGCAGUGUGUAUGAGCAUCUGCUGAGGCUGGACCUGAGCUUCCACCUCUCCAAGCAGACCGGGGGCUUGACUAGAGCCAUUGAUCGCGGAACCAAAGGUAUCAGCUUCCUGCUGACAUCAAUGGUCUUUCACAUUGUCCCAACUGCCUUGGAGAUCUCGCUAGUCUGCGGCAUUUUGACCUACCAAUACGGCUGGCAGUUCGCCGCCAUCACAGGCAUAACCAUGACGGCAUACUCGGCCUUCACCAUCUUGACUACUUCAUGGCGGACCAAGUUUAGGAAGCAAGCCAAUGCUGCCGAUAACAAGGCGGCUACCGUGGCCGUGGACUCUAUGAUCAACUACGAGGCAGUCAAGUAUUUCAACAACGAAAAAUACGAAGUGGGCCGGUACGACAAGGCGUUGAAAGACUACGAGAAAGCCUCCAUCAAAGUCGCUACCUCCUUGGCCUUCCUCAACUCCGGCCAGAACAUCAUCUUCUCCUCUGCUCUCACCGCCAUGAUGUAUCUCGCAGCCAAUGGUGUCGCAACAGGCCAACUUACCGUGGGCGACCUCGUCAUGGUGAACCAGCUGGUCUUUCAACUCUCGGUACCUCUAAACUUCCUAGGCUCAAUGUACCGCGAGCUCCGGCAGAGUCUGCUGGACAUGGAAACCCUCUUCAACCUGCAGAAGGUCAACGUGCAAGUCAAAGACAAGCUAGAUGCCAAGCCACUCGCCUUGUCUAAAGGAGAGAUCAAGUUUGAGAAUGUAUCAUUCGGAUAUCGACCCGAUCGACCUAUUAUCAAGAACCUCAACCUCACCAUCCCAGCAGGUAAAAAGGUCGCCAUCGUCGGCCCUAGCGGUUGCGGAAAGUCCACGAUACUGCGCUUACUUUUCCGCUACUACGAUGCGCAACAAGGCCGCAUACUCAUCGACGGCCAGGACAUCCGCGACAUAUCACUCGAUAGCUUGCGGAGAGCCAUCGGUGUCGUGCCGCAGGACACGCCACUUUUCAACAACACUAUUCAGCAUAAUAUUCACUAUGGCAACUUGGAAGCGACGCAAGAACAGGUCCACGAAGCAGCCAGACGGGCGCACAUCCAUGAGAGCAUCAUCAAGUUCCCUGAUGGGUACAGUACUAUGGUCGGUGAGCGCGGCAUGAUGAUCUCGGGUGGUGAGAAGCAGCGUCUGGCUGUUGCAAGACUGAUUUUGAAAGAUCCACCGUUCCUCUUUUUCGAUGAAGCCACAUCAGCGCUAGAUACCCACACCGAGCAGGCCCUCCUCAACCACAUUAAUUCACUCGUCAAAGAGAAGAAACGCACAUCUAUCUUCGUAGCGCACCGUCUCCGCACUAUCUACGACUCUGAUGUAAUCAUUGUCUUGAGAGAAGGAAAUGUUGCCGAGAGUGGGACGCAUCAGCAGCUGAUCGACAGCUCAGGACUGUACUCUGAGCUUUGGAGUGCACAGGAGACAAUGUUUGCGGAUCCGAUCCAAGAUGAGGAUGUUCUCGAAGUCCAGGGCGAGGUCAAGAAGUAGGAUGAGGUGAUGAAAGCUAUAUUUGUAUACAUCCCCAAUCAGGUGUGUGAAUGAUGGGAAAAUAGAAGUAGAGAUCGCUUGGAUCUCGAGUGCAGUGUCAUGAGUAGAAUCAGCACUUAGCGUAACCAAGCCAGAUGCUUACAGCAACCUGUCAACCGGCUUUAGCCACAUCAAACCCGCCU